CUCCGCUCCAAGAUGGCGGCGGCCGGGAGGGGCUGAGCCGGGCCCAGCCCCGCCAUGCCUCCGCCGUGCCCGGCGCUGCCCCGCGCUGCCCCCGCGAUGCCUCCCGCUGCCCGCGCGUCCCGGCCCGGCGCCGCCGCCGCGUCCCGGUGAGGUUUAUCCCCCCCGGUGAGGCGAUGCUGCGGCGGCUGCUGGAGCGGCCGUGCUCGCUGGCGCUGCUGGUCGGCUGCCAGUUCGCCUUCGUCGCCUACUUCUCGCUCGGCGGGUUUCGCAACCUCACGGCGCUUUUCGGCCGCGGGGCCGGGCCCAGCUUCGACUAUUCCCGCACCCGCGACGUCUACGAGAACCUGAGCCGGCUCCUGCCCCCCCGGCCCCCGCCGCCAGACCCCGCCAGACCCCUCCCGUACUGCCCCGAGAGAUCGCCCUUCCUCGUGGGUCCCCUGACUGUGACCUUCGCCCGGGUGCCGUCCCUGGAGCUCAUCAGGGCCAAGAACCCGGGGGUGGGGCCGGGGGGUCGGUACCGACCCCCCCUGUGCGAGGCCCGGUCCCGCACGGCCGUCAUCGUCCCCCACCGCAACCGGGAGAGCCACCUGGGCCACCUCCUCUACUACCUGCACCCCUUCCUGCAGCGCCAGCAGCUCCACUACGGCAUCUACGUCGUGCACCAGGUCCGGGGGGGGG